GGGGCACCAUGCUCCGAUGUACGUUUUAGAAUGCUCCUCCUCUACUGGGUGGAGGGAGUGCUAAGAGUGGAGGCAGGGAGACCCUUGAGCAUGCAGAUUGAGAAAUUCACCUGGGGUGAGGAAGGAGACUGCAGCAGGACAGGAGCAGUGAGAGGGCAUACACCAAGAGCACCCAGGUGUGGGCACGUGGGGAUGCUCCUGCCUGGCUCAGGGGCAGGGGAGAGAAGCAGGGGAGGGGGAGCGGGCGGGCAGUGGGAGGCAAGUCCAGUCGUGGAUGAGGACAGGCGGAGUGUCACGUGCCAGGGAGGGGUCCAGAAGGCAGUGGGAGGGAGAUGGUGGUUGAAACCAAGCUGCCAACAGAAGCCUUGGGAGGGGCAGAGAUGCUGGGCAGUAGGAGUGGGAAAGUAGGUUUGGGAGGAUCAGAGAGUGGGGACCAGGACUUCUGGGAAGGUCCCUGCAAAGUAGCCCAAGGAAAGAGUGGCCUGGCAGGUAGGAGGAAUCCCCCGGUGUAGGGACUUAGGUCUGCCCGGGAGAUGACAGAAGGCACAUGUGUCAGGCAAUCUGCCCAGCGCCAGGAGCAUGGAGGGGCCCUGGAGGGUCAGUUCCCACCUGGCAGUCACCAGAAAGCAGAACUGUAGUCUGUCCCCCACUGCCAUCCUGAGGAGGAGGGGGCCACCAAGGAGGAGGAGGUGUUUGGGAAGGAGGGAAAGGGGAAGAAACAUUUGCAUUCGUAACAAGGCUGAAGCGAGGGAGAGAGAAAGAGGGAGCAGGGGAUGAAAAGAAAUUACCAUACGCCGGGAUCUUGUUAUUCAACCCAAUUUUCAAAGGACCACAGCUGUCGCACUGAGAUAAUCCGUUAAUUAUAACAGCCAUUGUGCUUUGGCAACGGGAGAGAAACCGAGGCUGGGGAGCAGGCUAAAGGCAGGGGUGGGAACAGGUCUCUGAAGGGGCAGGAACAGGCAGGAAGGCAGACACUGUCCAGGGCCGGGCCUCAUCCCUUCCUCGCUGCCACUGCUGCAGCAAUGGGUGACAGGGACCCUGUUUGUGCCAGGCACCGUGCCACACCUGUGAGCCAGGCCAUCAUACCCAUUCUAGAGGUAGCUGUGAGCACUUACUAUGUGCCAGACCUGCUCUGAAGCUUUUGUUCUCCCACCCUCUGAGGUCGCGCCCUUCUAGUCCCAUUUUACAGAAGAGGAGACUGAGACUCAGAGGAAAGAAAUAGCUUGCCUGGGCCACGCUCUUCGUUCAGUGGCAGGGCCGGGAUUUGAGUUGAAGGUGGCCUGUCCUUCUAGGAGAACACUAAGGAGGGCUGGUCUCCAUGGGUCGGCCACGCAGACUUGGUGGACACGUGUCUUGGGCUGUGGUUUCUGUGCAGCCGGCAGUCCAUGGGGUGGCCCUCCCCUGGGCACUUCCGGGGCUCCUCCUGCCCAAACAGAGCUUCCUUGUUCUCUGGUGCCACAGCUGCAGGCCCCUACAAGCCGUACCCCCCCACCCCUGCAGAGAAGCCAGUCUCAGGGCUAGGAGAGGGACCCCAUGCAACCACCUGGUUCAGGAUUGUGAUAGACUGUCACCCUGGGACGGGCCUGGCCCUGGCUGGCUAUGUGCCCAGGUGGCGGCCUGGGAGAGGCCAUGGGGAGGGUGGGCAGGAGUCCCAGGUAAGCAGAGCAAGGGGAACCUGAGCUCUGGGGGAGGGGCAGGAGCAAGGGGCCAUUCUAGAAGUCCCAGAGCCCUUUGCAGCAGUACCCACUCUGGGCUGUGGCUUGGGCAGCCAAGGCUUUAUGCCUCCUGGUGUUCACAGCAGCCUUGGUGGGAGCCUCAGCCCAUCCUGGCUGGCAACAUUUAUGGAGUAGGAAUUGUAUUUGGGAGCCUGUUACUCCCAAACCCCAGCAGGAGCCCCCAACUUGACCCAGCAAACCGAGCAGCGUUGUUGAAGAGCCAGGGACCCCGUGGGGAGACAGGCAGGUCAGGGGGCUGUGUUGGGGUGCUCUCCUGGUUUGGGGUCCCCACUCUGGUGGGCCUGCUUGGAGGCGAGCAAGGGUUGUGGAUGGGUCAGGGCAGUCCUGUACCAUCAGUGACACAGAGGCCAAGUAGACUUUUAGGAUCAAGGAACUACAGAACUCUUGAGCCCCAGAUUCGUAAUCAGAGACCUGCCAUCCCCACAAAAAGAUCUAUGCCUUCAGAGUGUCCCAGAGCUACAGAACCAGGGAGGCUCGUGCCAUCCGCCCUGUCUCCACAGAGAUGUAGAAGGUGGGCAGCCAGUUCUUCCAGGUUUUCCAGUCAUUCCCGAAGUGGGGAUUUUAAAAGUAAAAUCUCCCAAGUUAUCAACAUUGGCAAGUAAUUAAAUUUUUUUUUAAAAAAAGCCAUUGCCCAGAUGAAACAGGAACUCAUAGUAUGGCUUGACCCAGAGCCUGGUGCCAUGGAGGGUCAAAGCCACUCUGUAGCAGUUGUGAAACCUCAGUUUCCUCCUCUGUAAAGUGGGAAUAAUAACAGCAUGACUCAUGAGGUUGUGCAGAGGUUUAAGUGAGUUCACAUGAGAAGUGCUAGGCCUACCUGUGUUAGCCCAGGACUCUGUUUUCAUUUUGCCCCCAGGGCUGCGCUGUCUGCCACCCGGAGCCUCCGCCUUUCCCCGUGGGCUCCAGCCGUGCCAGUCCACCCUGGGGCAGCCCUGAGGGUGUUGGAAAGCAGGGAAAUAUUCACCCCUUGGGGCCCUGGAGAGGGAGCAGAGCCGGGAGGGUGGGCCUAGCCGGCGCCUGGUACAUAGUAGGUGCUCCAUAAAUGUUUAUUGAAUGAAUGAAUGGAGGCCAUGCAGGCAGAGGCAGCCGUGCGUGCGCAGGCACUGGUGAAAGAGCGGGUCCAGUGGAGACUGGAACCAGGUGACAGACGGGCCUCUUCCUUCCUGUCCCCAUCUUUCGUGCUCCCCUCUCAGAGUCCCAGUCUCCAGCCUCCUGUGGGAAUCGUCUGAAAUUCUGAGCCCCGAGCCCCAGGAGGAAGAGGAAGAGGCAGAGGAAGUCAAGCCCCGAGAACCUGGGCAUCUUCCUGGCAGGAAAGGAACACCUCGGGGAAGCAGGCUGUGGGGCCCACAGCCCCCCUGGCCUUGGUCUGGCUCUGGUGCCCGGCGACUGUGGGUAGCACCUCAGAAGGCCCCCUGACAGUUGGCACUGGCCGUGCCCACCUCACCUGGGGCCCCCGAGCUGGGGGUCCCCCCAAAGAUGGUGGCAGCCCCAGGGAGGACUGUGCUGCUGGCCCCAACCUCUGGCCACUAGGCCCCCCGGCGCCCCGGCCCCCCACCCUGAGCCAGGCCUGAGAGGGGGCCGUGGCCGGAGCCAUGCUGCGCCUGGGGCUGUGCGCGGCCGCGCUGCUGUGCGUGUGCCGGCCGGGAACCGUGCGCGCCGACUGCUGGCUCAUCGAGGGCGACAAGGGGUACGUGUGGCUGGCCAUCUGCAGCCAGAACCAGCCGCCCUACGAGACCAUCCCACAGCACAUCAACAGCACUGUGCAUGACCUGCGGCUCAACGAGAACAAACUCAAGGCCGUGCUCUACUCCUCGCUCAACCGCUUCGGGAACCUCACCGACCUCAACCUCACCAAGAACGAGAUCUCCUACAUCGAGGACGGCGCAUUCCUGGGCCAGUCGAGCCUGCAGGUGCUGCAGCUGGGCUACAACAAGCUCAGCAACCUGACCGAGGGCAUGCUGCGGGGCAUGGGCCGCCUGCAGUUCCUCUUCGUGCAGCACAACCUCAUCGAGGUGGUGACGCCCGCCGCCUUCUCCGAGUGCCCUAGCCUCAUCAGCAUUGACCUGUCCUCCAACCGCCUCAGCCGUCUUGACGGCGCCACCUUCGCCAGCCUGGCCAGCCUCAUGGUGUGCGAGCUGGCCGGCAACCCCUUCAACUGCGAGUGUGACCUCUUCGGCUUCCUGGCCUGGCUCGUGGUCUUCAACAAUGUAACCAAGAACUAUGACCGCCUGCAGUGCGAGUCGCCACGUGAGUUCGCUGGCUACCCGCUGCUGGUGCCCCGGCCCUACCACAGCCUCAACGCCAUCACCGUGCUCCAGGCCAAGUGCCGAAAUGGCUCGCUGCCCGCCCGGCCUGCAAGCCACCCCACGCCCUACUCCACCGACACCCAGAGGGAGCCUGACGAGAACUCAGGCUUCAGCCCCGACGAGAUCCUGUCGGUGGAGCCGCCAGCCUCGUCCACCACGGACGCGUCAGCAGGGCCGGCCAUUAAGCUGCACCAGGUCACCUUCACCUCGGCCACGCUGGUGGUCAUCAUCCCGCAUCCGUACAGCAAGAUGUACGUGCUGGUCCAGUACAACAACAGCUACUUCUCCGACGUCAUGACCCUCAAGAACAAGAAGGAGAUCGUGACGCUGGACAAGCUGCGGGCGCACACCGAGUACACCUUCUGCGUGACCUCACUGCGAAACAGCCGCCGCUUCAAUCACACCUGCCUGACCUUCACCACCAGGGACCCAGUGCCCGGCGACCUGGCACCCAGCACCUCCACCACCACCCACUACAUCAUGACCAUCCUGGGCUGCCUCUUCGGCAUGGUCAUCGUGCUGGGAGCCGUCUACUACUGCCUGCGCAAGCGACGCAUGCAGGAGGAGAAGCAGAAGUCGGUCAAGGUCAAGAAAACCAUCCUGGAGAUGCGCUACGGGGCGGACGUGGACGCCGGCUCCGUUGUCCACGCCACCCAGAAGCUGGGCGAGCCCCCUGUGCUGCCCGUGUCCCGAAUGUCUUCCAUCCCCUCCAUGAUCGGGGAGAAGCUGCCCACCACCUCCAAGGGGCUGGAGGCUGGGUUGGACACGCCCAAGGUGGCCACCAAGGGCAACUAUAUCGAGGUGCGCACGGGCACGGGCAGUGAGGGCCUGGCACGGCCGGAGGAUGACCUCCCUGAGCUGGAGAACGGCCAGGGCUCGGCUGCUGAGAUCUCCACCAUCGCCAAGGAGGUGGACAAGGUCAACCAGAUCAUUAACAAUUGCAUCGAUGCCCUCAAGCUGGACUCGGCCUCUUUCCUGGGGAGUGGCAGUGGUGGCGGGGACCCUGAGAUGGCCUUCGAGUGCCAGUCCCUCCCUGCGGCCUCCACCACCUCCUCCACCGCCACCCCUGUUCCUGGGGUGCUAGAGCGGCCCAGCUUCCUCUCGCCCCCCUAUAAGGAGGGCUCUCAUCACCCGCUGCAGCGCCAGCUGAGCGCCGAUGCCGCCGUGGCUCGUAAGACCUGCAGCGUCUCCUCCAGCGGCUCAAUCAAGAGCGCCAAGGUCUUCAGCCUGGAUGUGCCGGAUCAUCCGGCCACUCCGGGGCUGGCCAAGGGCGACUCCAAGUACAUCGAGAAGGGCAGCCCCCUCAACAGCCCGCUGGACCGGCUCCCGUUGGUGCCGGCCAGCAGCAGCGGGAGUAGCGGUGGUGGCGGCGGCGCCAUCCACCACCUGGAGGUGAAGCCCGCCUACCACUGCAGCGAGCACCGGCACAGCUUCCCGGCCCUGUACUACGAGGAGGGCACCGACAGCCUGAGCCAGCGCGUGUCCUUCCUCAAGCCGCUGACCCGCACCAAGCGGGACUCCACCUACUCGCAGCUCUCCCCCAGACACUACUACUCAGGUUACUCCUCCAGCCCUGAGUACUCCUCCGAGAGCACGCACAAGAUCUGGGAACGCUUCCGGCCCUACAAGAAGCACCACCGGGAGGAGGUGUACAUGGCCGCCGGCCACGCCCUGCGCAAGAAGGUCCAGUUCGCCAAGGACGAGGACCUGCAUGACAUCCUCGAUUACUGGAAGGGGGUCUCGGCCCAGCAGAAGCUGUGACCCUCUCCCCAACCCCGACCCUGGUGAGGUUGGAGGGGGAGGGCCAGGGGCACGCGGGGAAGGGCCGGGGCGGCUGGGCGGGGCGCGCUGGGGGCCGAGGAGUGGACGCACACGCACACCCGCACGCACGCACCCACGCACACACGUGACCACCACCUGACUGUGAACAACCACCACCCGACAAUAACGGACAGGAAAACAAAGACAUGUUCUCCUUAAAGUUUACACACUGAUACCGAAACCAGUCGUCUUUACUGUGCUGCCCAGGGACUCUGCUGGGGUGUGCGGGCUCGGUUGGGGGCGGGGGGGAGGGGGGAGGGCAGACGAGGAAGCCAGAGGAGGGUGUGGGGUCUGGGGCUCUGGGACUAGGGACAGGUUUUGGGGUAAAGGAGCCUGGGGUGGAGAUGGACCCAAGCUCCCCUGGGGCAGGGAGCGGGUCCCCCCAGAUGGGGGACAGGUUACUGGGAGACUUAGUAGCAUAUGGACAUUGAGCAUUGUUUUCUCCCUUUAUGGAUGGGGAGACCGGGGCCCAGAGGAAGGGCGUCACGUGGCAGGUGAGAGGCAGUCUCCCAGUUUCCCAGCCCAGUGCUGUCCCCCACUCCCCCAGUGGCUCCUCUGGGGCCCUCACCCUCUGUCCAUCCACUACCUGUUCCAGAGCUGUGGUCUCCUGGAGCUGAGGGUCAGGCAGGUGCUUUUCCUUUCUAGAAAGGCUCAUGGCCACGCCCCCAGAGUUUGGAACUCCUCAUGGGCGGCUGUGGGGGGGUCUCUGCCCACUGAUGGCAGCACCCAGGAGAAGUGGGAGGUCCUGGUCGUAGGGGAGGUGCAGGCAUGGGACGGUCCACCAGCCCCCUUCAAGUGUCUUCCAAGUAGCCUGGGAGCUGUCGACGGUGUCUGAGGAGAGCGGCUGGGCCAGCGGCCUCCGCAUCUCAGGUGCAGGCCUCUACACCCCGGCCCCCAGCCUCUCUGGGCCUCCAAGACCCCUACUCAUCCCAGAAGGGCAGGGGUGAACUGUGAUACCUGAAAGCAGCCGGGGGGUGGAGUCCACUGGGGGCCUUCCUGACUCUGCCCCUACGUCCUGGCCUCCCACCUGCCAGACCCCUGCUGUGGGCUCUCCAGGCAGCAUCUCAGCCUGCCCAGAGGAAGGAGGGCCUUCUGGGGUUUUUCCACUCACACCCUCUUGGCUGCCUAUCCCCACCUUACCCACUGGUCUGAGAGGCCCCCAUGUUUUCAUGGAAAUGGCCGCUCCUCCCAUGCUGACACCCACCCAACAUCGAACAAAGCACAAAUGGUGAGCACCCCCCACACCCCUACUGGGAAGGAGCAGGCUGGGUUCCUGGGGCCCCUCCCCCUCCCUGGCCUGCCUCUGUCGCCAUGGCAACCCAGAGCCUGGCAGUUGGGACCGUUUGGGCUUCUGGGGGUUCUCUCUCAGUCAGUGUGGGUGGCAGAGGGCGGUGAGGGAGGGCAGGGCCAGAUGGGGUGGCUGCCUUUCUCAAGAGCUGGGGGCUUCCUGGGGUCAGCUCUAAGGGACGGAUCUGGGGUCCUGAGACUGUCUUGGAGACUGUCUUGAACACUGACAGGGUGCUGAGGGGUGGGAGUCAGCACCCCUGCACCUGUGGAUGGGAGGUGGGCCAGUGGGGAGUGAGAUGACUCUAGCUUUGCCCACCUGCCCAUGUGCCCCUUGGCGCCCCACCCACCUCAGGAGUGGAAGGAGCCCACUGGGUUCUCCUCACACUCCUGGUUGUGGCCUGUCACUCAGUUGGGUUCUUGAGUUUUGGGGGUGUGACUGUGGGGUGAGGGUGGAUGAUGGAUGGGACCUAUACUGUGGAGGGGAUUCUGACCAGGAAAGCUAGUGCCAUUCCCUGGGUGGUAGGCUCCAGUGACCUUCCUGGGGGAAGACAGUGGAGGGGAAAGGGGCCUUAGGGCUCAACUGAGCCCCACUUGGGGGACAGACCAAGCCUGGGGCUCACUUUUGGGGUGACAUUUGCAAAGAAAGGACUGUUCUCCUGAGGAAGUGGAGGGGAGAGGGCCAGCAUGGAUAUGCAGAGCAGACCUCUCCCAACUCCCCAAAACCUGCCUCCAACCCCUCCUCACACUGGAUUGAUGAAACAGAAAAGCAAGCAGAGAAGCCAGUGAUGUGAGAAAGCAGAUUCCCUGUUAUAUUUGCAUGACGAUUUUACUGUAUUUUUCUGAGCAAACAUCUGUCGUGUAUGUGCCAGUUUGUCCAGACUCCCUGGCCCACCCUCCCUCCCCGCCGCGCUCCCAUUCCCACAUUCCCUCUGUUGUGAUCUGACAAGCAGCUCUUGAAACCCAGGGAGGGGCCCGCUCUGCAAAAGACCCAAAACAGGUGCCACCAAAAACACCCCCUGCCCUCCGACCCAUCUCCUGUUUUUCUGGACAUCAGGGCCAGCCCACAAGUGCCGCCUCCCCUCCUCCCAUCAGCCUCUUCCUGGCCAGGGAAGGGCAGCCCCAGGGAAGGGCACCUUGGGGGACUGCUCCUCUGUCCCACUUGCUCCCAUUUUGCAGAUGAAGAAGUGGGAGCUCCCCAAAAGGGAGGGGUCUGGUGAUUUGCCUGCCGGGAGAGUCAGUCACAUUGCUGAGUACAGGAGGCCGAGCUUGGGGCUUCAUGGGUGGCUCUACAAGGGGGGAGCUUGGGGCCCUGAGGGAAGAACCCAUAGGGGGAGCCCCUCCCUUGAGGUUGGCCUAGGGACAGCACUGCCCACGGGGAGGAAUCCUGCAUCAGGAGCCAGAGCUCCCCUCAAUUCCCUGUCAUUCCUGGCUGAAGAUGACCUAUAAAAACCUCAGAUAGGCUGGGUUUGGGGGGCUUCAGAGGAUAGGUCCCCAUCUUAACCGCAAGGGUCUUCCACUCCAGGAGGUGAACCCACAUUCACAGCCCAGGGCAUACAGGUCUAUGAAGCAGAAUAAGAUGACCUCCUAGGUGCCCAGGCCAGGCCAAAGCUCUGGGGAGUGGGGCACACACUGUUGCUCACCCCAGAGGCUUUCCUGCAUCUAUGUCCUGUGUCCUGUUCAGGACAAAAUAUUCACAAAAGACUGGUGAACAUUUACGUCCAGGAAUCUGGCUGGCCGGGGUCCUGUGUUUGUAAUGGUGAUGAGCACGGUGGACCCCGGUGCCAUGGCCUGGGCAGGCCAGGAGGGCAUGAAACCAAGAGAGAAGGGAAGAGGGGGGGUCUCCCGGAGAGGAAGGGGACAGGGGGGCCUAGUGGAGUGGGGUUGCUGCACCCUGGACCUUCUGGAGGCUGGCUGGCCUCUUUGAAUAAACCUUCACAGGAGCUUCCUUCCUUGGCACCUGUCCCCGGGAAGGGGCACCCAUGGUCUCCUGGAGAAUGCAGUAGGGACCGUGACCCUUCUGUUGGAGCUAAUGGCCUUCCAGAAGUGAAAAGUCGGGGUCUGGCAGAAAGAAAGCUUAGUCUGGGGUGGCCACCUCCUCGGGGGUCCCAGGCUUGUCUCCUCUCCAUAGGAGGGGCCUGUGUUGGCCCCCCGGAGGCUCCUCGCCCCUGACCCCUCCUAGGGGACAGAGCAGGAGGAUGGUGGUGGCCUGUGUCCAGGCUGGGAACGGACUGUCUGUGGCGGGGGUGGGGGCGGGGGUAGGGGUUGGAGUAGAAAGACCCACCUGGGGAGAGGAGGUCUGCAGAAUCCCAGAGAGGCAGGGAGAAGAGUCUGAGCCUGGCCGAAGGGCUCUGAGGUUCCUAGCGAGGAGUCGCCCACCUGCACCCCUCCUGUCCCGGACAUGUUAACAGAUGGGGAAGCAGAAGCACAGGGAGGGGGAAGGAAAGAAAUCUUCUAGGGUCUCAAAACAUACUAAGGCCAGGAAAGGGGCCAGACAUGGGGGACAAGAGUGACAGGUCCCAGCUUAUAAGGGGCUUACAUGCAGUGAAGGGACAGCCACAAAAUGCACAGAGAAUCAAAAAUCGGGAGAAUAGAGUGGGGAGGGGCCGGGGGAGCCCUCAGGGCAGGGGAGCCAAGCUCUGAACGACAGAGCCAGAGGACUAGCCCGCUAGCCAGGGGAGGAUGACAUGGGAGGGGGGAGAAGUAAGGUUGUUAGGAGGGGCUGGACUCCCCCAUGUACCUCCUCUGGUGACCUCCACUACUCUGGCCCUGCCCUGCAAAGACCCCAGGGUUCAGCAGCAUCCCACCACAUUCUUGAGGAGGGAGUGGGGGCCUUCUUUCUGAGGUGUUGGGAUGGGUGGUCAGGCAUGAGGAAGCCUGGGGGUGUGAGAGCCCCACAGGGCUUAAGGGGCCCCCCAAAGCUUGCCCGCCAGGCCAGAGUGAAGGUUGGGGCUUACCUGAGAGCAGUGCUGGUCUCUCUGCCGAGACCGCUGCUCCACAGCCACCUUGGUCCUAGGAGCUGCCGUAAUCCUCGUCUGUCCUCCCACCUUUAGGACAGAACCGGUAUUAGACUCCUUGUUCUCAUGCCUGCCACCGAGUCCCCCAUUAAGGUCCAUCACUGCUGCCGAGAAGUAGGGAGAGAAAAGGGGGUGGAAUGGGGUGGGCUUGAGAGGGUCUGGUCAGCCUCUCCUUCCUUUACCUGCCCCUUGCCAAACAAGCACAGGGCUGGGCAGGGCCGAGGGGGGUCCACUCUUGUCCCCUGGCUUCCUCCGCCCCCACCCCUCAACCCUGGCCCUGGAGCCACCAGCCCCUCCAUCCCGUCCCACGGCUUGGCACCUGGUUUGGGUCCUGCAGAGCUGGGCUCCUGGCCCCGGGCUACGAACCUGUGAACCCCAGCUGUGUGUGGACCUUUCUUCCCGUGGCGGGGCCUGAACUCUCCUUUUCUUCUUUUUGGGGUGGGGGGAGGGGUAACUUCAUUUAUUUUCUCUUCCCUAUAUCUGCCUCUCCCUCUUCCCUAUUUCCUGUUUUAAACUGAAUGGCACGAAAUUGUUUUCCUCAACUCGGAGAUUCCUGUAUGGAGAGAAUCAAUUUCUAUAUUUGCAAUAAAUUUCUUAUUUAAAACAACAGGA